AUGUUGAAGAUAUGGUCGAUCAAGAAGGAGCAGCAGAAGGCCGACGCGGCGGAAGGCGCGGCAGCCGGGGGCAAGAAGAAGAAGGUGACGGCGGCGCAGCUGCGGGUGCAAAAGGACCUCUCUGAGCUAUCCCUGGGGACGACGAUGAAGACGGAGUUCCCGGACCCGGACAACAUCCUGCGGUUCGUGCUGACCAUCGAGCCGGACGAGGGCAUGUACCGGGGCGGGCGGUUCACGUUCGACUUCGACAUCAACCAGGGGUUCCCGCACGAGCCGCCAAAGGUGCGCUGCACGCAGAAGAUCUACCACCCCAACAUCGACCUCGAGGGCAAGGUGUGCCUCAACAUCCUGCGCGAGGACUGGAAGCCCGUUCUCAACCUCAACGCCGUCAUCGAGGCCGCCGAGGACCUGCGAAACAACCGCGAGGGCUUCAAGCGCAACGUCCGAUCUAGCAUGGCCGGCGGCUCCGUCCGGGGCGUCAGCUUCGACCGGGUGCUGAAGUGA